CUCGUCAUGACGCUAGUCGACCCGACAGGGCAUCUACAUACAAACAUCACCCACCUUGACACCCAACAGUCUUGUAAUUGCGCCUGACUAGAGCUAGCCGGAUACAAACUUGCACGUUCACGUCCACGUCCACGUCGACGCCCAGAGCCCCCUCCCCCACGAACCUGGUUCGCAUCUACUCGCAGGAAGCACGUCUCAGCAUCUGAUAGCGGGGUGCAUCCCACUUCCUUCCGCGCCACACAUCUGUUCAGCCCUCUUACGUCCUCACUUUCACACAUCCAUAUAUCGAUCAUGGGUGCCAAAGUUCCGCGCAACUUCCGUCUGCUGGAGGAAUUGGAGAAAGGCGAGAAGGGUCUCGGUGCCGAGGCUUGUUCAUAUGGACUUGAUAACGGAGACGACCUUUUGAUGUCAGACUGGAAUGGCACCAUCCUCGGCCCCCCACACAGUGUUCACGAGAACCGCAUCUACAGCGUUUCCAUCCACUGCGGACCAGACUACCCAGACACGCCCCCCGAGAUCAAGUUUACAUCUAAAAUCAACCUGCCCUGCGUCAACCCCCAGAACGGAAAGGUCGACGCGUCAAAGCUGCCGUGUCUGGCACAGUGGAAGAGGGACUUUACCAUGGAAACUAUACUCAUAGAGCUUCGAAGAUACAUGGCCCUUCCCCAAAACAAGAAGCUGCCACAGCCGCCCGAGGGCACAACAUUCUAGGCUUAGCCUGAGAACAUUAUCCCCGAGAAGGCCCUCUUGAGAAAGUUUUGGUUGGGCACUCUAUAGCCAUGACUGUACGGCAGCACACAGAAGGUAUACAGUGCAAGAUCCACGGUGUGAUCAUCGGGUGAUUCUUGACUGGAGAAGGACCUGAAUAUCAAUUCCAUUUUGAAG